UAUUUUUGUUGUUUUAAUUAAAUAAUUCACCAAUGUCUUCGCAAUUAGGUAAAGUCGUAAGUUUAAUAUUGAUCGAUAGAUUCGGUCCAGUUGUGGAAAGAGUGGGCACAUCGUUGUACCAAUUCGGAAGCAGCCCUUUACUUCACAUCAAAAAACGAACUGAUUUACCAAUUUCAAAGAUAAAAGAAUCUUUAACAAUUCUCAUAAAAUACCAAUUAGCAACGUUUGCUGUGAAUCAAAACGAGAAUAUCGCAAACUACUCGAUAGACACGGAUAAAGUUCUCCUUAUGUUGAGGUACCCGAAGUACAUCAAUAUCAUCAAAAAGAAAUUCGGGGAUUCCUCGGAGAUGAUAGUCGAAGAAUGCCUGCAAAGAAGCUACAUCACCGCUUCCGAGGUUAUAUUGAAAGUGCACGAGAGACUAACGAAGAACGAAGAAUCGAUUCCUUUAAGCCAACUAAAGAACGAAUUUAUCAGUUUAGUAAACGCCAAAUACCUAAUAAGACUUCCUGUUAACGAAGCCGUAGACAAGCCAGUGCCUAAAUUAGUGGAACAAGAAAUACACACUUUACCACCUGUAGAUGUAAUUCUCUUGCAGAAAUUCAAAGCCGGAGAGGCCGUGUUGCUUCCCGAUAAAGACAUUUAUUGGCACGUAAACUUCGACAGGUUCCACCAAGACAUGCGAGAUAAAAUAAUCAUUUCAGCAUUUACGAAAAAAUUCGACGAAAACGCCGGAGAAUUAGUGAAAAUUCUAUUACAGCAAAUGUACAUUCGAACGGAUCCCUGGGCGGACGUGACCAAUCCCAUUCCCAUUCUCGAAAUCAAAGAUUUGGCUAGAAAACAGAAAAACUUGGGCCAGCUGAACGCCUUCUUCGAUCAGUAUGUAAACGUAAUCGAACAAGAUCACAGCAAUCUAAUUAGGAAAUCGGGGGAGGCCAGCGGCGGGUCGUUUCAAAUCUACCUCAAAGACGCCUACAAGCAAUUCGCUUGGGAACUAAUCGAGCAAUGCGUUAUGGAAAAAUUCGAUUCGAAAGCCGCUAGAAUAUUUCGACUAGUCAAAUUGAAACAGUACAUAGAACCGAAUAUGAUCCAAAAACUGGUGAUGAUACCGGCGAAAGAGGCCAAACGAUUGACCUACCAGCUCUACGAGGAAAACUUCCUGCACAUCCAGGAGCUGCGGAAACAGGCAGUGGGAGGCGGGGGUCCCAGUAAACUGUACACUCUCUUCCACAUCAAACUCGAACUAGUAGCUCGAAUGAUCCUGGAAUUGUGCUAUAAAACUUUAUUCAACAUCAUGACGCGCAGGAACCACGAUAAAUCCACCAACAAAAGGAUUAUAGAUAAGAAACAAAGGGUCGAUACUAUUACGUUAGGAAUGAGAUCGCAAGGAGCCGAAGAGGAACAAUUAGCUGAGAUCGAAGAAAUGAUCACUCCUCCCGAGAAGGAAAUAAUCGCGAGGAUCGAGAAAAACAUGAAGAAAUUAAACAGCAUCGAGCUGGAAAUCGACGAUACGAUAUUUCUACUGCAAAUGUAUUUAAUGUACAAUUAAAUUAUAAGCUAGGUAAUUUGUUCUCUCGC